AGGAGAAACGAGUGAAGUAUCUUUGGGGAGAGUGGCUCGCUGGGUAGCGUCUCUCAUUAGUUACUCGUUGUCAAAUACAAAUAUCUUCCCCUCCAUUUGUUCCAUUCAUUUGCCUUUCGUCUCGCUUCAUUUCGCUUUGCUGGUUUCUCACUUCGAAUUAGCUAAGCUGGAUAGAUUGAUUGAAAUAAAGAGGGAAAAAAAUUAUAUCUUUUACACAAUCCUGCUGGGAAAGAAACGUCGGAGCUCAGAGAUCCAUCUGGGUAUUUGUUGCAGUGUCGGAUUUAUCUUGCAGGGAGACAACAAAUACACAGGAUAUACUUUGAUAUAUAAAUGCUUCAGCAGCUGUCAGCAGUACCUUCUACUUCAUGGAAUCCAUCUCCCAAAGGUCUUUGCUUGGGCAUCAUGGAGUUUAAAAGCCUUCAAAUGUCGGCUCUAGAUUCGGAAAAGCUCAGAUUGAAGCUGCAGUUUGGGCUUCAGAAACUUCAGAAAGGCAUACCUACAAUUUCCAGGACCAUCUUAUAUGCGAGGCAAAAACCCCAAAAAGAUCCAACUGGCAAGAAACAACAAUCAUACCCACAGAAUGUGGACCUUCCACCAAUACUACCGAAGAAAAAAAAGAAGCCCUAUCCCAUUCCUUUCAUGCUUAUCAAGAAGGCUGCAAGGAGGGACAAAAAACUUGCAGAAAUGGGUAUUGAGAAGCCCCUUGAACCUCCGAAAAAUGGAUUACUUGUGCCUGAUUUGAUUCCUGUUGCGCAUGAGGUACUAGAUGCCUGGAAGGUUUUGAUUAAAGGAGUUGCACAGCUCUUGCAUGUUAUUCCUGUAUAUGGUUGUAGUGCAUGCUCGGAAGUUCAUGUGGCCCACGCUGGUCACCACAUCCAGGAUUGCCUUGGUCCGACUAGUGAUAAGCGCCAGAGUUUCCACGCAUGGAUCAAGGGUUCCAUCAAUGAUGUACUUGUCCCCAUUGAAUCGUAUCAUCUUUAUGAUCCUUUUGGUCGGCGCAUCAAGCAUGAAACUCGGUUUGACUACGACAGGAUUCCAGCUGUCGUUGAACUCUGCAUCCAAGCUGGUGUCGAUAUCCCAGAGUAUCCUUCUCGCAGAAGAACAAAACCAGUCAGAAUGCUUGGAAAGAAAGUAAUAGACAGAGGUGGAUUUGUUGAGGAGCCGACGCCAUGGCGUUCUGCAAAUCCGUCCACCCUUAUUGAUUUUGAUACAUAUAGGGCUUGUGAGCGAUUUUCACCUCCUUUGUUGGAAGAUGUACCGAAGAUUGCACAGGAAACCGUUGACGCAUAUGAAAUUGUUAGAUGGGGUGUAAGGAAGUUAAUGAGGAAGUACACUGUGAAGGCAUGUGGAUAUUGCUCAGAGGUUCAUGUGGGACCUUGGGGUCACAAUGUUAAGCUUUGUGGGGAAUACAAGCACCAGUGGAGGGAUGGAAAACAUGGUUGGCAGGAUGCUACUGUUGAGGAAGUUAUCCCACCUAAUUACGCGUGGCAUGUUAGAGACCCCAAAGGGCCUCCAUUGAAGAGUGCACUCAAAAAGUUUUAUGGAAAAGCACCAGCUGUGGUUGAAAUGUGCAUGCAAGCUGGUGCACGAAUCCCUGAAAAAUACAAGCCUAUGAUGAGGCUUGACAUCAUAAUACCUGAAACUGAUGAAGCAAAAUUAAUUGCAUGAAAUGAUCUGAGAUGGUGGUAAAUUCUCCACCUUUCUGCAGAAAAAUUUGAUGUCAAAGUCCACCUUUGAGUAAAUUGUUUUGUUGUGAUGGUGCAGGUGAGGCAUUUCAUGAACUACAAAUAGGUAUAUAAGAGAUGCUUUAGCAAAGCCCAAGUAAUCCCACUGGUAUGCUAUUAUUCCACUUUGCUUUGUUAAGACAAUGCAAAAUCUUACAGAAUAUUACUAAUCUCCCCUGAAACAAGCUGAUAAAAGCAAUAAUUAUUUUGCUCUCUUUCUGGUUCA